CAGGUUGUGAGCCAGGCAGCUGCCCGCUGGGAUGGGCCAGGCAGAGGGCAGGGAGGACGGGCCUCCAGUCACCGAAGGAGAAGGAAUUUUGGGGUCUGAUUCUCUGGACCCUGAGGACAACUAGAAGUCAUGGGACUGACUCAGCAGGGACAGAGUGCGCAGGCUGGAAGGGCUGGUAGUGUAACCCAGUUGUCCCCUUGUUCGUGAGAAGAUCUGGGGCCAUGGUGCUGACCCUCUGGAAUCUGCUUCACCAACACAGCUCACGGGUUGCCACAGUUUUGGGGGCACUGUUGCAUGCUGAAGGGGUGGAGGAAAGACUUGGAGGUUAGAGCUUCCUGAGCCAGACUCCACCUGCCCCUUCCCAGCCGGGCAGCUCAGCGGACAGAGGGGAAGACAUGUGCUGCCUGGUCUCCAGGAUGAACUCCUCACGCUGCUUCCUGGCACGUACCUGACUGAGCUUGUCGUCGGAGGAGCUCGGGGCCUCUGUGUCACUGAGGACAGCUGUGGUGCCUUUCAGGACAGCCCCGCUCUUUGUUCUUCCUGUGGUGAGAGAGGUGCCUGCUUCCUAGACCUUAGAGACUGACAUCGACACCAUGUUGGAAUCCAGAUCCCAGACCCAGCAGAGCAGCAGCCACAGUGGCCCAGAGGCCAGCCUGCAAUCAUCAGGCUUUAGUAUGAAGCUGGAGGCUGUCACCCCAUUUCUGGGCAAGUAUCGCCCCUUUGUGGGUCGAUGUUGCCAGACCUGCACCCCUAAAAGCUGGGAGUCCUUCUUUCACAGGAGCCUGAUGGACCUGGGCUUCUGCAAUGUGAUCCUGGUGAAGGAGGAGAACACCAGGUUUCGGGGCUGGCUGGUUCGCAGGCUCUGCUGUUUCCUAUGGUCCCUGGAGCAGAGCAUCCCCCCCUGCCAGGAUGCCUCACAGAAGAUCAUGGAAAGCCCUGGGGUGCAGAGCCUGCUCUCAGGGACAGCUGCAGCAGGGGCUGGGGAAGGCCAGAAGAAGGAGGCCAGGCGCAUCCUGGAUCACAUGCAGGCUCCACCCCGCCCCUUCCUGCUCAGGCUGUUUAGCUGGGCGCUGCUGCGGUUCCUGAGUCGCCUCUUCCUGAACGUGCAGCUGCACAAAGGCCAGAUGAAGAUGGUGCACAAGGCCGCCGAGGUGGGCUCGCCACUCAUCUUCCUAUCCACGCACAAGUCGCUCCUGGACGGGAUCCUACUGCCCUUCGUGCUGCUCUCCCAGGGCCUGGGCGUGCUCCGCGUGGCGUGGGACCCCUGUACAUGCUCCCCUGCUCUCAGAGCUCUGCUGAGGAAUCUCGGGGGGCUUUUCCUGCCUGCAGAGGCCAGCCUCUCUCUGGAUAGCCCUGAGGGGGCCCUUGCAAGGGCGGUGGCCGGUGCUGCUGUGGAGCAGCUGCUGUUGAGCGGGCAGCCCCUGCUCAUCUUCCUGGAAGAAGCUCCUGGGGCCCCAGGGCCACGGCUGUCAGCCCUGGGCCAGGCCUGGCUAGGGCUGGUGGUGCAGGCGGUGCAGGCAGGUGUCAUCCCAGAUGUUACGCUGGUGCCAGUAGCCAUCGCAUACGACCUGGUUCCAGAUUCUCCAGGGGAUGUGCACCAUGCCCCGGCCCCCCUGGGGCUGUGGACAGGAGCUCUGGCUGUCCUAUGGAGGCUGCGCAGUUACUGGGGCUGCAACCGCAAGGUCUGUGUGCGAGUGCACCUUGCCCAGCCCUUCUCCCUGCAGGAAUAUACCACCAACGCCAGAAGCUGCUGGGGCGACAGGCAGACCUUGGAGCACCUGCUGCAGCCCAUCGUGCUGGGCCACUGUACCAGUGUCCCGGACACUGAGAAGGAGCAGGAGUGGACCCCAGUGACUGGGCCACUCCUGGCCCUUGGGGAGGAGGACCGGCUCCUGGUCAGGAGGCUGAGCCGCCACAUCCUAAAUGCCAGCGUGGCGAGCUCGGCAGUGAUGAGCACAGCCAUCAUGGCGACGCUGCUGCUGUUCAAGCACCGGAAGGGUGUGGCCCUGUCGCAGCUGUUAGGCGACUUCUCCUGGCUGACGGAGGAGAUGCUGCUGCGUGGCUUCGACGUGGGCUUCUCGGGGCAGCUGCGCAGCCUGGUGCAGCAUGCGCUGAGCCUGCUGCGGGCACAUGUGGUCCUGCUGCGACUCCACCAAGGGGACCUGGUGGUGGUGCCACGGCCCGGGCCAGGCCUUGUGCACCUGGCACGCCUGAGCACAGAGCUGCUGCCCGCCUUCCUGAGUGAGGCAGUGGGCGCAUGUGCCGUGCGGGGGCUGCUGGCAGGCAGGGUGCCACCUGAGGGGCCCUGGGAGCUGCACGGCGUCGAGCUGCUGAGCCAGAGGGAGCUGUACCACCAGGUCCUGCUGCUGCUGCACCUGCUGCCAAGGGAUCUGCUGCUGCUACAGCCCUGCCAGUCUUCGUACUGCUAUUGUCAGGAAGUGCUGGACCGGCUCAUCCAGUGUGGGCUCCUGGUGGCUGAGGAGACUGGGAGCUCUCGGGCUGCCUGCGACACAGGUCGACAGCGUUUGAGUGCAAAGCUGCUGUGGAGACUAAGUGGAGACUUCAGUGAUAGUGACAGUGACGACUUCGAGGAGGCCCAGGGCCGGUGCUUCAGGCUCAGCGAGCAGUCGCGCUGCCCUGACUUCUUCAUCUUCCUCUGUCGCCUGCUCAGGCCACUGCUCAAAGCCUUUGCCCAGGCGGCAGCCUUCCUCCGCCAGGGGCAGCUGCCUGAUACCGAGUCCGGCUAUGUGGAGCAGCUGUUCAAGUUCCUGCAGACCAGCGCCCAGGAAGAUGGGCUGUUCGAGUAUGCGGACCCAAAGCUUGCCAUGAGCGCAGUCUGGACCUUUAGAGACCUAGGGGUACUGCAGCAGACACCUGGCCCUGCGGGCCCCCAGCUCAGCCUAUCCCCCGAAUUUGCCAGCCAGGACAGUCAGGACAAGCUGGAACAGUUCAUCCGACAGUUUGUGUGCAGCUAGAUCAUGGACAGAGCCUGUCCCCAGCUUCCUUGGCCUGGAGCUGGAGUCGUGCAACAGUAAAGUGUGUGGCCGCACUG